CUUAUUAAAUAGGUGUUAGACUAUGAGUGUCGCUGAGGAUGGAAUAGAGAGUGAGUACAUUCCAACUAUUGAUUUCUCCCUCCUGUCUGCCUCAGUUGAAGAUGAAGACCUCAACUUAGAGAUGCUAGAGUGGCUGUCUGAACAUGUACUGUUUGCUCUCAAAAACACAGGCUUUCUAUACCUGAAGAACUGUGGCUUGGAGAAAGAGGAAGUGGAGUUGGUGAACAAAUUGUGCAGCGACUUUUUUCAACUGCCUGAAAAUGAAAAACAAAAGUUUUCACGGGGCAGCAGUGACGAAAGAAAUCAUGGAUAUGUCGGCUACCAGGUGGAGUCUUUGGAUCCUAGACAUCCCAGUGACCUGAAAGAGGCCUUCAACUUUGUCCCAUUUGAGGUGCAGAUGUUUGGUCUACAGUGGCCAAAUGCACAGUUCGAAUCCUGUCUCACUCAAUUUUAUCUGAAGAUGAAGAAAAUAUCUCUGAGACUGCUAAUGGCUAUUGCCGUUGGUCUGAAUCAAGAUGUCAACUUCUUUUCUGAAAACCAUGAAAACAUAGGCGGGGAAGGAAACCCGACUGCUAUGAGAUGUCUCUACUAUCCACCUCUUGAGAAGUCGCAGUUAAGCAAAGUCAAACCCGGUCAAUUGAGGUGUGGGGAACACAGUGAUUACGGGUCCGUCACUCUUCUUGUCUCAGAAGACAUUAGUGGUCUACAAGUGUUGAACAGAGAGGGCAAGUUUGUACACAUAGACAAAUCAGAUGACCCAACUCACAUCCUGGUGAACGUAGGUGACCUCAUGCAGCGAUGGACUGAUGACGAAAUCUUAGCUGCUAAGCAUAGAGUAAGCUUCAACUCAGCGAAGCUACUUGAACAUUCAGAGUCUUCAGGUGAUGUGGGAAGCGUGAAUAACAGCGAAGAUUGUGAAAAAGUAGUUUGUCCGAAACGACAGUCAAUCGCGUUUUUUGUACAUCCAGACGAUCAAACUAUAGUAAAAUCGUUAAAGGGGAUUUCUAAAUAUGCCCCGAUUUCGGCAGGUGAUUAUUUGAAACAGCGAUUUCGAGAAACUUAUAAAUGAAAAAUUUUAUCACCACCUUUGUCCAUUUAAUACUGCGCUGUUUGCAUUCUUGAAGCCUAUUUGAAAUAUAUUUUCAAGAUCUA